ACUCGAUGACUUUUAUUUCGUUAUUUGUAACAUUUUCAUUUAAUCAUAUUAAUAAUAACAAUAAUUCAAUAUAUUCUAAUAAUUCUUUCGCAACUUUUAUGUUAGUUUCUAGCAUAGAGUAUUUCUAGUUUCUAGUUUCAUGGCUUUCCCUAGUGAUCUUCUCAAUUUUAUAAAAAUUUUCCUUCAUUUCCGUUAUUUUUUCCUUUUUAUUCUAUGUUAACGAAAAUGUGAUAGAAAAUAAUUCGAAAUUUAUGCAUUAAUAACGACUAUCAUAUAAAUUACCUACAUAUGUAUACGUUUCGUUUAUGAGUAAUCGUUUGUGAAAAUUGAGAUUAAUCACUAAAACUUCCUGUUAAAAUGUAAUUUACUAAUGGAAUGUAGAUCGAUAUAUAUCAUCUACCUAAUGUUAUGACAUAUUGAAAUGGACUGUACAUAUAAUAGACAAGCAAGACUUGAAUCGUUUAAAGUUGCUUAGUUGGCAAUUUUUCAUUAAUUGAUUAAGCAUUCUGUUCAUUAUAAAUAUUCUCUCAAUAUUUUAAUCGGUCUUUAUAAUUUUUACUAUUAACUAAUUAAAGUUUUUAAAUGUAUUAAAUAUGAAAAUAAUAUUAUUAUCUCCUCUAUUCCUUGUUCGCAUUCAGCCUGUCAUGUAUCAUCAUUUACAUUGUCGCUAUAAUAAUUGUCAAUAAUAUUGUUACAUCCUAUUUAAUGGAUUACUAUCGUAGCUAACGUGAUCGUAUUUUUAAAAACUUGCAUUUUUCACGUCAAAAGUUUGCACGAACGUUUCGUAAAUAUUUAAUGCUCAUCCUUGGAUAAAACUACUUGCAUCUACUCACGAGAAUUCAGUUAUUAACGAUUCUCGCAGUCUUUUGAAUGUUCUCGACAAUCUAUUGUUUUUCUGCGUGAUAUACGCGUGCACUAUUCGUGACGUUCUAGAAAGAAGGAAAGAGACAAUCAAUUUGAACGGAAUGAAAAUUAUAAUGUAUUUAAAUGUUAUUUCUAUCUUUUUUCAUUUAACGGGAACUGAAAUGUACAAUAACGAAACGCUGUACAUUCCUUUAAUAAAAUGGAUUCGCAGCUACUAUUCGGCUUCUGCUGUCUUUUUGUUGCAUUCGUCUAACGAGAAUAAAAAUUUCGAUGGUACAAUUUUCAAAUAUUUCCGCAUAGAAAAUUCAUUCACAAUAUGAUUAUUAGAAAUACAAUACAUUUGCUCACUUUUACAUUGUUUAGAUUGGAAACUAACAUAUUUAUUACACACAUGGUCUCGUCUUCUUCAUCGUGAACAGAUUGCAACUUUAAGUAGCACAUUCAAGAACAUUCACGCGCUAGAUAGAAAUAAUAUCCUCCGACCGUUGGCCAUCGUUCUUAUAUCCGGAUCUGACGCAGUUUUUGAAUUUUCAAAGUACUCGAAAUCCUUUAGAAUAUCCCAUUUUGCAUGGUUUGUGAUGUUCGUGCCUACGGCGACGCACGCGGAAAACUAUUGUUACAAUCCGCCUGGAAAUCCAUUUAAUUUGUUAUAUGACACUGAAAUGUUGGUAAUGUGUACCGAUGACCCUGUUCUUCGUGAAUGGUAUUCCGUGGAUGGGAACAACACCGUCACUUCCGAUUUAGUCAAAUGGUAUCCAAAGAAACAAUUGAAGUCCCCAACAGCAGUUGUUGACUUGUUGUCCAACUUGACUCUGCACGAGAGGAGGAAUGACCUGAAAGGAAAAGUUCUGCGAGCUGUCACUAUCAAGGCAAAGAUUCAGACAUUCACGCGUAACGAUUCAGGUGGAGUCAUCAGAGUUUUAACACGUACAAUUUCCGUUUGUCUGCUGCAGAACUCGAUAUUCGUGACAAAAGAUAAUAAGGUGGAAGGAUAUUUUAGUAGAGCGGUCAACGAGCUUGAAAAUUAUCUAAAUUUCACUCUCGAUAUUGUGACCGAGGAACUCGAGUUUGGCAGUUUCAAUGUGACGACGAAAUGUUGGAAUGGGGCAUUUCGUUUAGUGGCUUCUGGAGAAGUAGAUAUCGGAUUGUCCGAUUUUUCCAUGACCAAUAUUAGGCUUGAUUACGUCGAUUAUACGGUUCCUAUUAUAACUACUAGAGACUGUUUGUAUGUUAAGCAACCAGAAAUGUCAGCGGUGAAAUGGCUUGCUUAUUAUAAGGCAUACAGCUUCGCGCUCUGGAUGUCUGUACUCGUGACAAUUGUAAGUGCACAAUUUACUUUGGCUUUUAUGAGAUCUCGAAUAGAAUCCACUGAUCUAACCGUGGAAUUAUACCAUGAAUUUAUUCGAAUUUGGGGUAUAUUCUGCCAGCAAGGUAUUACAGAAGAAUUUCCACGGUAUUCGUCGCUAAGGUUAGCAUACUUUACCGUACUCGUUACCGGUAUAGUGAUAUUUGCCGCUUAUUCCGCGUCUAUGAUAUCCUUUGUAACAGCUUACGUUCAUAAUCUACCCUUCAGCACGAUUGAGGAGUUUGUGAAUGAUGAUACAUACGAUGUAAUUCUCAAUAAAGAUUCCGCGGAUUACGACAUGUUUGCCCUAUCGAAAGACCCCUUUUCGGUACACAUGAUGGCCAAACUAAGACCGAUACAUACUCUACCAAUCAACAUAGAAGAUGGAUUUCAAAGCAUCUGUGACGAUCCUACAUUAGUGUACUACAGCGGUUAUGGUAAAAAAAUGCAGGGAAUAGUGAAUUUUCGUAUUCCUUGCGAUAUCGUCUGCAUUGACUCUGGCCGAGUGGAUAGUUUGUCCCUGAUCCUUCCGAAAAAUAGUCAAUUCACCUCGAUCCUGAAUUACUAUGUGCAGAAACUGCUGAACACUGGUCUACUGAACCGAUUUAAGAACGAAGUAUUUUUCACGAAGAAGAACAAAUUUCAGCCGGUUGGAUUUUAUAGCGUGGCAUCUGUAUUAAUAAUCUUUGUCGGUGGUGUUUCACUAGCCUUUGUUAUAUUAAUCGUAGAGAUGUAUUGCAAUAGCGUUCUCGGUGGAUAUAAAUGACGCUUACAAAUAUGUUCUCUUAAUUAAGGACGUUCACAAUUAUUACAAAACAUCCUGCAUCAUAAUCGUGUGUUCAAACAGCCAUACCAGUAAGUCUUGUUCACUCUUCUCGAAAAUCGUAUGUGUGAAAGUGGUAGACUUAACUGUUUCACGAAUUAAUUAACUUGAAAUGCGCAGUCAAUAUCGAGCCGUUAUGUCUCUCGCUUAAAAUACUUUCUUCCUCGGUUUGUUAAUUCGUAAAAAGAGGCGAGCGCGAAUAAUUAUCGUUUCAGACUUCAAUCAAACGUCCUUGGCUUAUAUAUGGUUACGGGCUUUCUCGCAGCGAGGCAUCUUGACCAUGGUCGUAAGCUUUUCUCAAC